AAAAUUAACUGAAUACUGGAAACCCUGUGUUGAUUGAAUAGGUUCAGAAGGGUUUCACGUGAGUGGGUUAGGGUUUGAUAGAGGGAACGAUGGGAAAAUCCAAAGACGAUUCCAAGCGGAAGAGAUCUUCACCUUCUUCACCACGAGACGAUACGAGAACCAAGAGGCAGAAAAGCAAGGAAGAUGACAAGAAGCACAGCUCCAGGAGGAAGCACAAGUCCGAUCAAAGUUCCAAACGCAAUUCUGAUAAAGAUAAGAAAUCUGGUGGGAAGCACAAGCAUAGAAGCAGCAAGCGUGUUAAUCCAUCUCAUUCGAAGCAUGAAGAGUUGUCCACAGAUGACUACUUUUCGAAGAACAAUGAAUUUGCUCUGUGGCUAAGAGAAGAGAAAGGCAUAUUUUUCUCAGAUUUAUCUGCUGAUUCAUCGCGCGGCCUAUUCUCGGAAUUCGUGGCCGAGUGGAAUGACAAUAAGCUUGAACCCCGAUAUUACGAGGGCAUUACAGCUGGUCCGCGGACAUCACACAAAUGGAACAUAAAGAAGUAGGAUGUGUUUUUUGUGGGAAAGAUCAUCUUGUGUUUGUUGUUUUCAAUCUUGUAACUGCCCCCAGGUGCUUUCUCAAGAAUGAUUACAAAUCGUUGUCUUAAAAUACCAUUAGUGUCAUCAUGUAAAGAUUGUAGUAUGGUGCAGAAUUAUAAGUUGUUAAAAUCA